AACCAAACAUAGUCUGUUUAAUGCUACACUGGUUGUGGUCAAAUGAUCCUGUGUAAAGCAGGAAUCUAAUUUAUGUUUAUGUCUAGACACAAACACACGCGUCUCAAAAAAAUACGAUAAAGCAUGAAUUAUUCAUCAUUAAAUAAUCUCCAUCUUCUCUCUGGUCUUUGUUUCGUCUCCUCCGUCGUUGUGAAAAAAAAAGGCGCCAUCUUUGAAACCAGCUCAGCCAAUCACAGUUGGGCGACCGCGCAGCGUCAUUAGCAUACAGUCUGUUCAAAUAGACUCGCUGUCUCUGUCGGAGUCUCACUCUUGUCGGAGACUAGAACCCGGAAAGAUGCCCGAACCAGCCAAGUCCGCGCCCAAGAAGGGCUCCAAGAAAGCCGUGACCAAGACCGCCGGCAAAGGCGGCAAGAAGAGGAGAAAGAGCAGGAAGGAGAGCUACGCCAUCUACGUGUACAAGGUGCUGAAGCAGGUCCACCCCGACACCGGUAUCUCCUCCAAGGCCAUGAGCAUCAUGAACUCGUUCGUCAGCGACAUCUUCGAGCGCAUCGCCGGCGAGGCCUCCCGUCUGGCCCACUACAACAAGCGCUCCACCAUCACCUCCAGGGAGAUCCAGACCGCCGUCCGCCUGCUGCUGCCCGGGGAGCUGGCUAAGCACGCCGUGUCUGAGGGCACCAAGGCCGUCACCAAGUACACCAGCUCCAAGUAGAGACUCCUCUACCGCCACCACAACAACACAAAGGCUCUUUUAAGAGCCACCCACUGCUACUCAAAGGGCACACUUUCCUUUCUUUAUUCGUGGUUUUUAUAUGAAUGUUGGAAUUUUUUACUGGGGUAAAUUAAUAGCAUGUAUAUUGAAGUACGUGUUCACAAGAGUUUGGACUGUGGAUACCAGUAUUUUAGUUGUGUCUGAUUGAAAGGAACAAGGUGAAUAUGGCUAUUGUCAACUUGGAUGUGAAGGUGUGUGUGUACAUAGCCAGCGAUAUACUUGUUGCUUUUACCAUGUUAUAUGGUCAUGCUGCUUCAGCAGCUCUGUCCCAUGUGUGUGGAGUUUAAUUAGCUGUAACAGUAUUUUUGCGUACCUUAUUUUGCAAAGCAAGUUUUCCCAUUUAAACCUCAAUUUUCCACUGGUUUAUCAGAACCGAAGAAGAAAGUCUAGUUGACCUUAUUCAACGCUUUUUGGAUUACCACUUGGAUGACUGAGAACCUUCACAGACAUGUGAGACAUGUCUUCAACAUUUUUUCAGGCCAAGG